AACUACAGAAGAUUACAAGUCUUUCACACCGAGUGACCAGCCUGCGGUGUCUCUGAUGUCCACAGUCCAGGGCAGUACUCCCCAGACUAUAAAUCUUGGGCCAACCGCAUCCGGACCAGUGCCUCCAGCUUUUCUUCCCCUGGCUAGCGCUGUUGCCUCAAUAUUGGCAGGGUUUCUGUUCUUGGUACUCCUUUAUACAGGGUACCUGUUGAAGAGGCGCCGACUGAAAUCAAUACGUUUACAGGCCAACACCAGCAAUCCUAGUGAUGCACGUGUUUGGGUUCUCCCGGGCGGUACUUUGCCUAGUCUGUUUAGGUCUGCUUCCCUCCCUGCUGUAUCACACACAAGCCGGGAGGAUCAGAACGACACCGUCUCCUGUAUGUCAUUGCCAGCAGUCAUACGUUCCAUUCAGCCCUUUUACAGUGAAAUUCCAGACCAUGUAGCUGCUGCUCAGCGGCCUCUGCCUGCCGUCCCUGACACUCACAGGGAUGGUCCUGACAGUCACAGUCCAGAGGACGAAGAUCAUGUGUACGAACCUGCCGCUCCAUGCCCUUCGCCUGCCCUCCUUUACACUCACAUGGAUGGCCGAAGUGUUGCUGAGUUAGCUCCUGUGUACAACCGUCAACACACUGCUGGUAUAAGGCAUGUUGUUGCUUAUAAAUCAAUGGAAGGAGCCGGGUACCACUGCGAUAACACUUACACCCACUUGUCACUGAGUGUGGCAAGAGAGGGAGCCCGAAGGCGGGCAUCCUUACCUAUCCUCACUUUUAACACGUAUUGGCCAUGGGAGAUCCCGGGGGAGGAAUCCCGAAACUCAGCAUGCCAAGAGCCUUUGGCAACUUUACCAAACACAUACUGGCCAUGGGAGAUGCUUAGCUAUGGGGAGAGCACCCGUAACAUACCUAGUCGGGAACAACUUCCCCUUCUACCGUCUGAUACGUACUGGCCUUGGGAGAUCCCAGGGGAAGGGGCCCGUAAUACGCGACGACGAGGAUCCCUCCCUAACACCUACUGGCCAUGGGAUAUCACUGUUGAGGGGAGUCAAUCCAUACCUCGUCGAGAAUACUUGUCUACUCUCCCUGAUACGUACUGGCCUUGGGAGAUCCCAGAGGAGGGGGGCCGUAACACACGACGACGAGGAUCGCUCCCUAUUCUCCCUAACACCUACUGGCCAUGGGAUAUUCCUGGGGAGGGGAGUCAAUCUAUGCCUCGUUGA